AAACCGGAGUCCAAAUGAAUUUAAGAUGAUUCAUCCCCUAAUCAAGGAACAGAGUAGGACCUUGACCCACUACAAGUCCAGGAAAAUGCAAUUCUUUACCUUACGCUAUCACCAACCUGGACUCGGUGCCUGUGGGGGUCCGAUCACCAUGAAGUUAUAGCAGCUUUUAAUUCAUGGGCCAUAGCCAAUGGGACCUGGAUGCUAACCUCACUUCAUUUGUGCGUUACUCUUUUCUUACAUUCAGUUGAUCACGGAGGAUCUGUACAUCAACUUGUAUCCAGUAACUUGCACCAACACAAAACCAUCAAAAGGGCAUUAUGUCAUGAUAAGGCAUGGAAAAAUUCAUUGUUCAUACCUUCAUAUCAUGCUAAUGAUUUAUAGCUCCAACUUGCCUUCUCCUCCUGCUCUUCCUCCUCCUGCUCUAUUUAUCAGGCAGGUCCUCUGCACUCAGCUUUCAGCACUUGGCUUCUGAAAGGUAGCAUAUUACACUACUCCAAUGGGGCGAUCACCAUGUUGUGACAAGAUUGGCCUAAAGAAAGGUCCGUGGACGUCGGAGGAGGACGAGAAGCUACUUGCUUACAUCGAGGAGCAUGGGCAUGGGAGCUGGCGUGCAUUGCCUUCCAAGGCCGGUCUGCAGAGAUGUGGCAAGAGUUGCAGAUUGAGAUGGACAAACUACCUGAGGCCGGACAUCAAAAGAGGCAAGUUCAGCUUGCAGGAAGAGCAGACCAUCAUCCAGCUCCAUGCUCUUCUUGGCAACAGGAAUAUUAAUGCAAGAAGUGUCCUCAGCUCACAAGCUUGCUUCCUGGGACUGUGCAGGUGGUCUGCCAUAGCAACACAUCUGCCGAGGCGCACCGACAAUGAGAUCAAGAACUGUUGGAACACCCACCUCAAGAAGAGGCUGGCCAAGAUGGGGAUCGACCCUGUCACCCACAAAGCCACCAAUGGAGCUCUCAUAGGCACCGCAGACAUCAAAUCAGCCAAGGCCGCAGCCAGUCUCAGCCACAUGGCCCAAUGGGAGAGUGCCCGCCUUGAAGCUGAGGGACGCCUGGCUCAAGAAUCCAAGAUGCGCACUUCAGCUUCUACACAAACUUCACUCCAUCCGCAACCAAUGAACCCGUCUGCCUCAGCUGCUUCCCCAUGCCUCGAUGUGUUGCAUGCAUGGCAGGGUGCAGAGAUAGACUUGGAGUCACCCACCUCCACGCUAACGUUCACAGGAAGUAACAGUGGUAUGCUACCAAUCCAAGUGACCACCAGCCUAGGGAUAUCCAAAAGCAACUCCACGAUGUGGCAGCAGACAUGCGAUGAGCUGGAGGGCGAAGAAAGCGAGUGGAAGUUCCUCAGCAAGCAGCAACUGCAAGGACUGGAAGGCAAGGAGAGGGGAGAAGACAUCAUUGGCUCCGAGCAGCCAUGGUUCACAGGGAUGGUCGGUGUGGGAGCUGGCUUCACAGAUAUGCUGCUUGAUGGAUCCAGCGUGCAUGGUACAUCAGAAUGCUGGGGUGAAUCUAGCAAUGGCCAUGCUGAGCACAGCAACCAGGUCUCCGGAGAUGGAGAGAGCAAGACCUACUGGAGCGGCAUCCUCGGCAUGGUGAACUCGGAACUGCCAUCGCAGCCACCACCAUUGCUCUAAGAUGGGGUCCUCUCUAUUUAUUUUUAUUUUGUUAAUAAUAACUUCUAAGAAAAUCCAUUGAAUCAUCCAAAGUCGCAAGGAAAAUAGGAAGAGCGCAACGCACUACAAGUCCACAACUGCUUCAACAGAUUGCAGUUUUCCCUCCAUGUGUAGUGAAAUAAUUAACUACUGUGGGGAUGCAGUAAAUAAACCAUAUUCCUUUCUGCUGCUGUCCUGUUAUUGGUCUAAAAAGAAGGAAGAUGCUGCACGUUAGCCUCCAGGACCAUGACAGACACUAUAAUCAAGACCCAAGGACUUUACAGUUGUUGUUUCAA